AUGCCGAUGGUGUCACAACAGCAGCGAGCGGACCCAGAAAACGCUGUGCGACCACGAAAAUGCGCUGGCACCACUGCCUCUCACGGCAUCGCAGCGUCGGGCAACGGUGUCCACAGUAGCCUAAGGCAAUCACGGCGGCGGUCAGCAGCAUUUCGUGCGCGCUGCUGCCACCCUGCACAGGCUGUGGGUGGCCAGGUGGGCCGCGGCUGGGCUGAGGGUGACGUCCGAAUUGGAGUGGGAGAUCAAUCGGAGAAAUCUGACCCACGAUCCCGGGACGGCGACAGGUCACCUGCUCAGUUCACGACGCGGGCAACUGGUUCGCCUGGCCGCUUCGAGCGCACUUGUCACCGCCUGGAGCCCACUUGCCAGGAGCCCCGGACGCUGGUCGCAACGGCGGAGCUGGCUCGCAGGGCGUUGUCGGGGCGCCCCAGGGCGCGGCGGCGUCGCUCGCAGCGCAGCAAUCAGCGUCAAAGGAGCCGGAUGCUGCACGGCACAUGGAGGCGCUGGGAGGCCGCUGCGCAGGCCGGCCGUCGCAACGCGCAGCGUGCCCCUGUCCAUCGUGUCAAUCUCGCGUGGGAAUAUGCAAGCCACUUGGGCCAAUUGGCAGCCCCGCCAGCCCUAAAUCCUCCCUCACCGCCCUUGGGUGCAGGGACAGGGUUUGCACAUCAGACACCACGCUGUGACGCUCCACCACGGCCGUUGGACCCUUCCACCCUUCCCUUCCCACCCUUCCGCUACAUGGCCAGCGUCGGCAACCCGAGAGCGGCGGCGACUCGCCCAGCCUUCGACACGCGACGGAAGGCCUCCCGGACCCACGUUCCGUUCAACGACGCACCAGUGAAAAGAGUCAGCUGA